UCUUUUCACUUUCCCUUAAAUAUUUUUUCCUGUAUCGAAGACGCACUAUAGGCGACACGUAUAAACUCCCCCGCCAUUUUCAUUCUCUCAAUCUUCAACACAUCCUCUACCUUGCCACGCUCACGUUUCAUUAUCUACAGACAAUCUCAAAAACCCUAACCAAUCUCCUCCCUCUUGUUUACUCCAUAGUUACGAAAAUGGAUCCGGUUCUUCCGAUUGCCAUUGUUUCUAUCCUUCUUGGAGCUCUGAUCGCUAUUCUCUUCUUCAAAAGCUACUUCCUCAAGAGAAAAUCCGAAAUUAAAUCCAUCGCCCCUCCGGAGCUCCGUUCGGAUCCUAAGAAGCCUACAAAACAUUCUCAGCCUGUUACCAAAAAAUCUCACUCCAAACCUCACUCUCAUGCCGCUGAUAAGGAACAAAAUAGGCGACAUCAUCCUUUGGAUUUGAACACUUUGAAAGGCCAUGGAGAUGCAGUAACUGGGUUAUGUUUCUCCAAUGACGGGCGGAGUUUGGCAACAGCUUGUGCAGAUGGAGUGGUUAGAGUAUUUAAGUUGGAUGAUGCUUCAAGUAGAAGUUUCAAGUUUUUGAGAAUUAAUUUGCCAGCUGGAGGGAUUCCAGUGGCAGUGACCUUUUCUGAUGAUGCUUCUUCUGUAGUAGUCGCUUCACAGACUUUGUCAGGUGCAUCUUUAUAUUUGUAUGGAGAGGAAAAUCCCAAACCAAGUAAUGAUUCUAAGCAACAACCCAAGCUUCCGCUCCCAGAAAUCAAAUGGGAACAUCGCAAAAUUCAUGAGAAUAAGGCUGUGAUUACUCUAGUUGGAACUGUUGCAACAUAUGGAAGUGCAGAUGGAAGUUCAAUUGUUGCCUCUUGUUCAGAGGGUACCGAUAUCAAACUGUGGCAUGGGAAAACUGGGAAGAUUUUGGGGAAUGUUGAUACUAAUCAGUUGAAGAACACCAUGGCUGCUAUUUCACCAAACGGACGCUUUGUUGCUGCUGCAGCUUUUACUGCAGAUGUGAAGGUUUGGGAGAUUAUAUACUCAAAGGAUGGUUCCGUCAAGGAGGUUCCAAAAGUUAUGCAGCUUAAAGGGCACAAGAGUGCAGUAACUUGGCUAUGCUUUACCUCAAAUUCAGAGCAAAUUAUUACAGCCUCCAAAGAUGGUUCGAUAAGAAUUUGGAACAUAAAUGUUCGAUACCAUCUUGACGAGGAUCCAAAGACCCUAAAGGUGUUUCCAAUUCCACUCCAUGAUUCACAUGAUGCUACUUUGCAUUGUGAUCGACUUAGUUUAUCCCCUGAUGGGAAGAUACUGGCAGCAACCAAUGGUUCAACAUUGCAGUGGUUAUGUGUUGAAACUGGAAAGGUUCUAGACACAGCUGAUAAAGCACAUGAUGGUCAAAUCACAUGGAUCGCAUGGGCGCCAAAGACCAUCCCAAAUGGUGAUGGACAGGCUAUGGUUUUGGCCACAGCUAGUGUUGACAAGAAAGUAAAAUUAUGGGCUGCUCCAUCGGUGGAUUCGACCUAAAGGAAUAUUUGAUAUUGCUAAUUUUAAGCUAAGGGCAACGAGCUUCUGAUUUGAGUUGUCGGUGAUCCUAGCUUCAUGAGUUUUGAGGCUUACAUUCCUCUUAGAUUAACCACUUAAAAGGAAGUUAAAGAGUAGCGGGGAAGUGGCAAAUUAUGGGAUCAGGGCGGAUUUCAAAUUUGAAAUUGAGAAACCUAACUCGUUGCCUAAUCCGACUGAAAAUUUUGGUGGUAAACACAGAUUUAGAUAAUGAGUUUGCUUUAAAUGGUGUACAAUUUAUAUUGCGAUAAACAGAAUUGUACCUCUUUUCGAAAUCAAGUUCGCAGAAACUCGAUGCCGGGAUCUGUUUCUGUUGGCCGA